AUUCUACAAUUGCAACAAUUCCUACGUGUAUAAAACCUAUUAUUUUCUGUCGAGAGUUUUUUUUUUCCCUUUUCACCAUGUCCACUCGUCUCUACACACCGUUGAGCAGGACUACACUGAGAUAUAGCAUCUCGAGGCCGCCGCAAAUAGUUUCCAAACUACCCAGAGCUCGAACUGUGAGAUUCUAUACCUCUAGAAAAGAGUCAAAAGAUCAAUUCAUUAUUUGGAGACCGUGGCUUCGUAUUGCAAUUGGGAUUCCCUUUAUUGGCGCACUCAUUUACUCAAUGGCUACCGAAAACGCCGCCGAGACAGAGGCCCCCUCAAUCGCCGAAAUAGAUAAAGCGCUCAAAGAAAAAUCCCCCGUCACCGACGACUCCCCGAUGCGCCUACGAAUGGAGAAAUUGAUCAAAGAACACCAAAAGAAAAUCACAGACGAACUCAGCAGAAUCGACGGCAAACCCUUUCAAGCCGAUACAUGGACCCGUCCCAACGGCGGAGGCGGUAUAUCCUGCGUCCUCCAGGACGGCAACGUCUUUGAAAAAGCCGGUGUCAAUGUGUCGGUUGUGUAUGGCGAAUUACCACGCCCAGCCAUUGAGAAAAUGCGCGCAGAUCACAAGUCCUUUGUCGGUGCAAAUGUGGAUUCACUGAGUUUCUUCGCUGCUGGACUGUCGCUCGUGUUGCAUCCGCAUAAUCCGCAUGCUCCGACGGUGCAUUUGAAUUAUCGGUACUUUGAAACCUCAGACCCGAAAGAUCCGGUUAAUGGGGAUAAGAAUUGGUGGUUUGGAGGUGGAACUGAUUUGACGCCUUCGUAUCUUUAUCCGGAGGACUGCAAGCAUUUCCAUCAGACAAUCAAGGAUGUCUGUGAUAGGCAUGAUAGUACAUAUUACCCUCGAUUCAAGACGUGGUGCGAUAAAUACUUUUAUCUCCCGCACCGCAAUGAAGCGAGAGGUAUAGGCGGUAUCUUCUUUGAUGAUCUCGACGCCCAUUUCUUGCAGAGCUCAUCAUCGUCUUCGCAAAAUCCGCAGGAAACGUUAUUCUCUUUCGUGAGUGACGCUCUAGGUUCGUUUCUACCUUCCUACGUCCCCAUCCUGGAACGCCGAAAGGAUACACCUUUUACCCCCGAACAGAAAGAAUGGCAACAACUCCGGCGGGGCCGAUAUGUUGAGUUUAAUCUGGUGUAUGAUCGUGGCACGAGUUUUGGGCUUAGGACGCCCAAUGCGAGGGUUGAGAGUAUCCUGAUGAGUCUGCCUCGUACCGCGAGCUGGGUUUAUAUGGAUUCUGUCUCGGGGACGAGGACGGAGGGUGCUUCGACUCAGUCGGAGGAUGGUGUGGAGGAGACGGAGGAGGUUAAGAGACAGAGGGAGUUGUUGGAUGUGUUGAAGCAUUCUAGACAGUGGGUUUGAGUGGUUGUCUAGACGUUUUGUUUUGGUUAUAUGUAUAUAAUAUGAAAAGUUGUGUUGAUUGUACAAGAUCUACCAAUUAUGCUUCUAUUUAGAAAACAUGUACAAUAAUAGAGAAUGCAAAGAAAUGAUGAUACAGCGA